AUGGAGACCGAUUUCGUCUACAAACGUUUUCUUCCAGAUGAGAUCAAUGCGGUGGACAACCAGGGUCAAACAUUGUUGCAUCGUGCAAUCGAAAGAGAGCAAGAGGCUGUCGUCCAGCUAUUGUCCAACUUGCCCAAGUCGCAAAUCGUCUGGAGAGUUCCGUAUCCUGGUCACAAAGGGAACCCCAGAGUGGACCUCGAUGCUACUAUUAAAGACAACUGCAAGAGGACACCACUCUAUCUCUCUGUUGCUACAGGAAAUACACGUAUAGUUGAGUUGGUGACAAAGAUGACUUACAACGUGGACGCACCGGGUCCUUUCAAUAGAACUCCUCUUCACCUCGCUGUGAUAAAAUCCAUGUCAGAAAUUGUGAAAUUCCUUGUAAGUCAAGGUGCCAGCCCUCUGAGCAGAGACAAAGAAGGCUCAACGCCCAUCGGUGUGGCAGCUAAAAUCGGAUCUGUAAUUAUCGUCGACAUUCUCUUCAAGAGCAGUCCCGCUGAAGAGCUCAUUGCAAGCACGUCAGGCACGGAUAGCAGCAGUCUACUUCACUUGGCAGCAGAAUCGGAUAACAUCGACACAGUUGUUUACUUACUGAGCAGGCUCGUCGACACUCGCAGCAGGGAUUUGAAUGGGUAUACUGCUGCUCACAUUGCAAGUCGGCAUGGAAAUGUUAGAACGUUGCGUCAACUGAUCUCUACUGAUCGUUGGCUCCGAGACGCUAUCAAUAUUGACGGUUUUACGCUUGUACAUGAGUGA